UUCUGUUUUGCAUUUGCAUGAGCCACACAGGGGUGCCGCGUCAAGCAACAACGAAGUUACAUCUCCUUGAAUAAAUUCCCAAUCAUAUAUAAAGGAAAGUCUAUAACAAAAUAAUCAUCUAAAAUGACCCGUGUUUUAAGUGCAUUCGUUUUGGUCGCAUGGUGCGGUCUGUGUUUCGCACUUGACGAUGAUAUUGUACUACCAUCUGUUGAAUUUAAGCCUAUUAAAGAACUUGCUGCUGAUAUACCGACCUGUAGCCAAAGCGAUAACAACAUCAAUGAGUGCAUCAAACAAGGAUUCCAGGAGCUGACGCCGCGCCUUAAAUAUGGCAUUAGCGACUUGAACAUACCAUCAAUGGAUCCCUUCCAGUUGGGCAAGAGUUCGUACAAUUAUAACUCGGGUAUACUUCAGGGUCGCAUCGCGAUGAGAGAUGUGCGGAUUCACGGCCUGAGCGAGGGCAUUGUCGACAAGGUGGAUUAUCGACAGAAGGACAAGCGUGUGCGCCUAGAUCUGCUCAGCCAUGUGCCGCAGAUGCUGGCGGAGGGCAGUUACAAGGCGGACAUAAAAUUGAAUGACAUGAAGCUAACUCCAAAGGGCACCUUCAACAUUACCCUGACCGAUGUCAGCAUGAAAACGCGCGCCUUGGGCGAACUAUACGAGCGCGACGGUCAUACCUAUGUGCGUCUGACUAAGCUUGAGACUGAGCCGAAAGUCGGCAACAUGCGCAUCUAUGCCAAUGGUCUGGUGCCUGAUCCAGCGUUGAAUGAUGUCAUACUAGACUUUAUAAACCAGUACUGGCGCCAGCUGUAUCAAGCUAUGCUGCCCGAGACAAUGGCCACUUGGUCGCCCCUCUUGCUGAAAGUGGGCAAUGAUUUCUUUGAUGCCCUGCCCUUCGAUUUGAUUGUCACCAAGAACUGAUUUGGUCUUCAAUGUGAAAAACUAAGAGUGCCUACGAGUGCUCGUUCCUUAGUCCAUAUGCGAUUGUAUUAUUCGGUUAUUUGUUUUACUCAAGGUGUUAAUUUAGUUUGUAUCAAAAUAAAUUAAAGAAAUGUAUCGAAACAA